AUGACCAACUUUGUCAAGCAAACAUCGUUUGCCGUGGACUAUUGUCCAAGCAAAAUUACGAAGUGGAUUUCUUCAAGAACUGGCCUCCAACUAGUCUACAUUGACAAGCCCUCUCCUAUUAUUUCGGGUCAUUUUGCUGUCGCUACAGAGAUUCACAAUGACAGUGGCUGUCCCCAUACCUUGGAGCACCUGUGCUUCUUGGGAUCCAAAAACUAUCCUUACAAAGGAGUGCUGGAUAUCUUGGGUAAUUUGGCUUUCUCACAGACUAAUGCCUGGACAAGCACUGAUCAGACUGUAUAUACUUUGACCACUGCUGGUUGGGAUGGAUUCCGUUCACUUCUACCAAUUUAUCUGGAACAUCUCAUUCAGCCCACUUUAACAGAAGAAGGUUUUGUUACUGAAGUUUAUCAUGUGGAUGGAAAUGGUAAAGAAAAGGGUGUCGUUUUCAGUGAAAUGCAUGGUAUUCAAAAUCAACAUUGGUUUCAUGUUUGGCUGAAUGCUCAAAGAGCAUUGUACCCUCAUUCUGCCUAUAGAUCUGAAACCGGAGGUCUGAUGGAAAAUCUUAGAAAGCUGAAUAACAAGGAUAUAGUUGAUUACCACAAAAGCUACUAUGUUCCUGAGAAUUUGUGCGUUAUCAUUAGCGGAUCUAUCGAUGAAUCUGAAUUGUUAUCCACAAUGACCGACUUUGAUAAUCAAAUACCCCUAGACUUACCAAAAUUAAAGGCUAGACCAUGGAUAGAUUCAAGGCACGAUAUUGCGCCAACUGAGACUAUUUUCAAAACUGUGGAGUUUCCUGACAAAGACGAAUCUAGUGGGGAAGUUUUGUUUUCUUGGAUUGGUCCCAUUGUUGACGAUACUCUGAAGAAUGUUGCCAUUGAUAUUAUGGGUUCGUAUCUCACUUCUGGUCCUAUCUCUCUACUACAAAAGGAGUUUGUGGAGUGCGCCGAUCCUUUAGCAUACGCUGUAUCAUAUUACACCGAAGAUUACUACCACACUAAUUUGAACAUUGAGUUGAAAGGUGUUCCAACUGAGAAACUAGACUUUGUUGCAGAGCGCGUAUUGUCAAUCAUAAAGUCGCACGCUGCAAAUGUCUCAGAGUUUGAUUUGGAGAAAAUUAACGACUACUUGCAAAGUGCUAAAUGGAAUUACAUUUUGUCUUGUGAGAAUAGCUCUGAGGGUUUGACCACCAUUGCAAUUAGUGAGUUUAUUUAUGGUAAGCGUGAUGGUUCAGACUUAUCUAAGUGGACUAAAGAUUUGUAUGAGUACGAAAUUUUGCAAUCAUGGUCCAGUGAAAAAUGGUGUAACCUGCUGCAAGAAAUGCUGGUAAACAACAAGCCCGUUGUUAUGAAAGGGAAACCAUCGAAGGAGAUGUACCAGACUAUAAAGUCUGGCAACAAAAAAUUAUUGGAGCAGAGAAAAGCUGACCUUGGAGCUGAAGGGUUAAAAAAGGCACAAGAUACACUUGAGCGUGCUAUCAAAACGAAUGAUGCACCUAUACCUGAUGAUAUUUUGGACUCGUUUUCACAACCGGACCCUUCUCGUAUCAAGUUGUUGCACACAGUUGCAGUCUCUUGUGGAACGAAUCAAUAUGCUCCAGUUACCGAAGAGAACAAGAAAUUGCAUGAAAAAUUAUCUCAAGAAACAAGACUGGAAGAUUUUCCUCUGUUUCUUCAAUUUCAAGAUAUUAAAACUCAAUUUGUUAGCAUUACGGUGCUUGUAAACACUUUUAACAUUAGCAAUGUUGAUUUAAAGAAGUACAUGGAGGUUUUCACGAAUCUUAAUUCAUUGCCAAUCGAAUCGGAGAACGGAGAGUAUCUAUCCUAUGAGGAUGUGGUAUCUGGAUUAAAACGAGACACAAUUAGUAACCACAUAAACUACGGUAUCGGUGGCUCUUUUGAGGAUUAUCUGAAUAUUAACUUUAUUGUGAAACGCGAGAAUUACAGUAAGGCCAUAGAAUGGAUUCACAAAUUGAUGUACCAAACCAAGUUUGAUGAGGAUCGUGUUAGAGUUACUAUAGAGAAACUCGUCAAUUCCAUGGCAGAACUAAAAAGAAAUGGAUCUGAGGUAUUGGAUUACCUGUACAACAAGAAUGUGUUCAGCGAUGAAUCUUUGAAAAAGGCUAAGGAUACACUAUAUUUAGAAGAAUUUUACAAGGACCUGUUAAAUGAAAUCAAAUCUGGAGGAUUUUCUGCGAUCAAUGAAAAGUUGGAAUUAAUCAGAAAUCAAAUUUUUAAGUUAGAGAAUAUUCGUGUCUUGGUUGUUGCUGAUGUUGAAAAAUUAGACAAUGCUGUCAACCAAUGGAAUAUUCUGGUUGAAGGUAGACCACGUGAAGAACCAACACCGGUUCCUUCUCCUUCAAAAUCACUUUCAAGCAUUGGGACUAAUUUAUCUAAUAAGGCAUUUAUCGCUGUUACUCCAGGAUCAGAAUCCACGUAUCUGAUGUUUAUUACAAAAGUGCCCAAUAAGUAUUCGCAUGAGGAUGUGCCAAAAAUUGCUUUGACAGCUUCUUAUCUUCAAGCUGUGGAGGGUCCAUUUUGGAGAGGUAUCAGAGGAGCAGGUCUGGCUUAUGGAACCAACGUCCAUCAAUCAGUUCAGAUGGGUCAACUAGUUUUUGAUGUAUACAAAGGAGCCGAUGGACCAGGGGCUAUUGAUGUUGCAAGAAAAAUUGUUGAUGACUAUGCCAAUGGGUCAAUAGAUUUUGAGCCAAAACUAAUCAAAGGUGCUGUCAGUGCCAUUGUCCAUGAUAUUACAGAAAAUGAAAGCACAUACUUCCAAGUGGCUCAAAAUCAUUACAUUAACCAAGUUAUAAUGGAACGAGGGUCUGACUACUAUGAACAGUAUUUGAAGAAGUUAGCCAAGGUUACAAAAGAGGAUCUGUUCUAUUGCAUUAACAAAUAUUUCAAACCGCUUUUCGAUAAGAACUCCAGUGUUGUUUUCGGUUGUGUUCAUCCUGGAAAAGCUGAGGAACUGAUAGCCAAACUAGAGAAUGAAUUUGGAUAUGACGUGACUGUCGAAAAGAUUGUACCUACGAACACAAGUAAUGAAGAUGGUGACGUUGAAAUGGAGGAUGGUGAUGAAGAUGAUGAAGAUGAUGAAGACGAGUCUGACGAUGAAUCUGAGUAUUCGUCAUCAGACGAAGAGGACGAUUCAGAUUAA